AUGGAUAGUGGAAAUAUCUACGCCAAUGCUGUGGAUUACUAUGUAACUCGAGCAUAUAUUGCAUUGUUUCUCUUAGGAUUGUUUGCUUUCAUAGCUGUUCACCUCUUAGAACUCUACCGCUGUGUAUUCGAACCAGCCACAAUAACACAUAGCUAUGACUGCAAAACUAUUGAAUUGAAUGAAGUGGUAGUCAUUGUAGACGAACAAAUGAUAAAGGAAGUGAGCAAGAAUUGCACUGUAUGCGCGAUUUGCUUGGAGAAAUUAGACAAACAGAACAACACUCGUAAAAGAAAGAGUGUUGAGAAAGGAGAGUCUAAUAAUAAGUGGGUUUUGAAGCAAUGUGGUCACAAAUUUCAUGAAACUUGCAUGAUCCCUUGGUUUUAUGGAAAUUAUUCUUGUCCUACUUGUCGUAGGGUUUUGCCUAAGAUGUGGUAUCCUUUAAUACCUAUUGAAGAAAUAAGCAUUGAACCAUGA